AUGACACGGAAGAAGGAGCGGAACUUUUACAUGAAGCACCGGAGUGGAGCUACGGGACACCGGUACAAACACGACCUGUCCACGUCCUCCAUCCAGGCUCAUCGCAUUAUUAGACUCACAGCCUCGGCUGUUCCAGUGAAGACUUUGAGAGCUCACACAGACACAAUCACAGCCGCACGCUUCUGCGUCAGCGACACAUUCUUUGUGAGCUGCUCCUCCGACUGCACCGCUCGCCUCUGGGAGGUAAAGAGCUGUCGACCCGUCCGAGUUUUCAGUGGAGGCCAUGAUAGAACCAUAAUAGAGUGUGCCAUGAUCCCAGACACUAACAGGAUGGUAACAGUCUCCUGGGAUAAGAAGAUGGUGUCCUGGGACAUAGAGACAGGACAGAUGCUGUGGAAGUGUCGUCAGCCCGGCCUGCUCACUUCCUGCUCCUCCUCUCCGGAUGGGAGACUCCUAGUUUGUGCUGUGGUUCCUCAGUACGGCAUUUACAUCAGUGACGCAGCCAGUGGUCAGACAGUGCACCACAUUAAUGGUUAUCAUAAAACCACAAUCACUCGCUGCCGGUUCGACACUGAGAGCAAACGUAUCGUCAGCGUCUCUGCUGACCGCUACAUCAAACUGUGGGACCUGCACAGCCACAAGACCACAGUGUCCAUCAACAGUAACCACUCCAACGCCAUCUCUGACUGCUGCUUCACAUCAAAUGGCCACUUCCUGUGCAGUGCAUCAUGGGACAAGAGCCUGAAGCUAUGGGACCUGCAGGCAGGGGGCUUCAGGAGCCACGGCGGGACGUCUCUUCAGAGAGGACACGAGGGCAGUGUUAGCUCCUGUCGCUUCUCCAAUGAUGGUACCCUCCUUGUGUCAGGUUCAUUUGAUAAAACUGUGUCUCUGUGGGACAUGACCUCUCUCAGUCAGAGCCUGUCCCUAAAGGGGCACAGUGAUUGGGUGACAGAUGUGUCCAUUAGUACUGAUAGGAAGCUGGUUAUCUCUGCCUCAAAGGACCACACUAUCCGGAUGUGGGAUAUUGAAAACAUUGAUGAAAUUCCGGCUGUGAUGGAACAGAAGAAAUCCCAAGGGAUAGGAGUUCACAUACUCAAAUGUGAAGAGUGUGGUAAACCAUUCCCCGUGUCCAGACUGCAGACAUCAGAGCUCCUCACCAAAUGUGUUUUCUGUCGCCUCAAAUCUCCUCCAAGAUACAAACCCCAGCCCCCUCCACUAAUGCCCCUGUGA